AAUGUGCAGUUGUGGGAGCACGGUGGUGCAGCUGGUAAAGCGUUAGCCUCACAGUUCUGAGCUCCCGGGUCCAAUCCCGGACCCGCCUGUGUGGAGUUUGCAUGUUCUCCCCGUACCUGCGUGGGGUUUCCUUCGGGCACUCCGGUUUCCUCCCACAUCCCAAAAACGUGCAACAUUAAUUGGACACUCUGAAUUGCCCCUAGGUGUGAUUGUGAGUGCGACUGUUGUCUGUCUCCAUGUGCCCUGAGACUGGCUGAUGACAAGUUCAGGGUGUACCCCGCCUCCUGCCCCUUGAGAGCUGGGAUAGGCUCCAGCACUCCCGCGACCCUUGUGAGGAUAAGUAGAUAAGAAAAUGGAUGGAUGGAUGGAUAGAUGUUCAGUUGUUUUUAUAUUUUUAUGUAAGCAGGUGUCGGGGGGACAGCUGGGGCUCCCAUUUACAUCUGUGAGAAAGACGAGGGAGGAGGGGGAGAGAGGGGAUGGAAAGAGAGGGAGAGAGAGAGAGAGGAGAGAGAGAGAGAGAGAGAGAGAGAGAGAGAGAGACGAUGAGGAGGAGUAGGAAGAGGUGGAGGAGGGUGUCGCGUCGCCGUGGCUUUGCCUGCAGGAAUCCAGGAGUCGAGCACACGCGCACGGCCACGAUGCGCUGAGAAGCUUGCAGGGAGUCGCCGGGGAGCAAAAAGAAAAGCAAAACAACAACAACAAGAAGAACAGAGCAAAAACAACAAGAAGGAUAAAAAGACGAUCCAAAGGCAAGCAAGUUGCAGAUCUCAGCGAUGAACACCAACGAUGCCAAGGAGUAUCUGGCACGGCGGGAGAUCCCCCAACUCUUUGAGAGCCUGCUAACGGGUCUGAUGUACCACCGGCCCGAUGAACCCGUGGACUACCUGGAGGGCUGCCUGAAAAAAGUCCGCGAGCUGGGCGGGCCGGACAAGGUGCGGUGGGACACGUUCGUGGGCCAGGAGAAGAAGCCGCUGCCGCCCCUCAACGGCGGCCAGUCGCGCCGCUCGCUCUUCAGAAACGUGAUGCCCGACAGUCCCAAUUUCCCCUACAGACGCUACGAGCGCCUCCCCCCCAUCAGCCAGUUCUCCAUCGAGAGCGACUCGGACUUGUCGGAGACGGCCGAGCUCAUCGAGGAGUACGAAGUGUUCGAUCCGUCCAGGCCCCGGCCCAAAGUCAUCCUCGUCAUCGGGGGGCCUGGCAGCGGCAAGGGAACGCAGUGCCUGAAGAUCGCCGAGCGCUACGGCUUCCAGUACGUGUCGGUGGGCGAGCUGCUGCGAAAGAAGAUGAUCCACAACGCCACUAGCAACAGGAAAUGGAGCCUGAUCGCCAAGAUCAUCACCAACGGCGAGCUGGCGCCGCAGGAGACCACCAUCACCGAGAUCAAGCAGAAGAUCAUGAAGAUUCCCGACGCCAACGGAAUUGUCAUCGACGGCUUCCCGCGAGACGUCGGGCAAGCCUUGUCCUUCGAGGACCAGAUCUGCACUCCCGACGUGGUGGUUUUCCUGGCGUGCACCAACCACCGCUUGAAGGAGCGCCUGCAGCGGCGGGCCGAGCAGCAGGGUCGCCCCGACGACAACCCCAAGGCCAUCGACCGGCGCCUAACCAACUUUAAGCAAAACACCAUCCCCCUGGUCAAGUACUUCCAGGAGCGGGGCCUCAUCGUCACGCUGGAUGCAGACCGCGAUGAAAACCAAGUGUUCUGUGACAUCAGUGCGACUCUGGACAACAAACUGUUCCCCUCGCAAGAGUUUGCCGCAGGUCCGAGUGAGCUGGAUCCCAAUCUCCCGCCUGAGUGCAACGCGGUGGACUUAGCUGAAAACAACGAUGAGGAUGAAGAGGAGGAAGAGCUCAGAUACACCGAAAGAAGCCAAGAAAGUUUCAGCACACAGCCCAAGAAGCCUAAGGUCAUCUUUUUAAUGGGCGCGGCGGGCUCGGGCAAGCGCGCACAGUGCGAGCGCAUGGAGGACAAGUUGGGCCUGCGAUGCGUCUCUCUGGCCGACCUGCUGUGCAGCGAGAUGCAGACCCACAGCGACAGGGGGCGCCACUUGCGGGACAUCCUGCAGAGAGGAGAGCCCCUGCCCGAGGACGCGACCAUGGAUCUGCUGUGCGAGGCGGUGGCGGCUCGGGGGCAAGCCGGCGGGGUGGUGGUCUGCGGGUUCCCCGUAGACCUGAGACAGGCACAGCUAUACGAGGCCAAGAUGGGCGAGCCCGACGCCGUGCUGCUGCUCAGCUGCUCCGCCCAAACCCUCACCGGUCGUCUGCAGAGCCGCCGGAGUUCCGCUUCGGCGAUCGGGUCUGCCCCAGAAAAAGACGGCGCCCCCUGCUGGAGGGCCGACAGCUUCUGGGCCGACGCCGAGCCGGUGGCUGAACACUACGACAGCAAAAUGCUCCUGCACACGAUUGAUGCUGAAAGGUCACCUGACCAAGUGUUUGCUCAGAUCUGCCAGGCCGUGGAAUCCACUCCUCCUGUCUAAUUUAUCAACACAACCACCCACGGUCAGAAGAGAAAAGACCUCAUGCUGGUAUUUUUUUUUUUUUUUUUUUGGACCAGCCAAAAUGUCCCCACAAUAAUGGUGUGAUGUCAAGGGGGUGCCACACAAUGACAGAACAAAUCGGGAGAAAGGAGUGCAAAUAGUUGUUCCCCCAAAAUGGUAAUUGUCGACUGAUGUCACAAGAUGCCACUAAUCACAAGAAUUAGACAAGGCUUCAGCGCCAUCGUCGUGUUUCAGAAAGAGCACAAAAACAACAGUUAAGCAUGUGACUUGGCAAAUACCGGCAAAUCUGUUCCUGAAAAAAAAAAAAAAAAAGGAUGAAUUUGUGAGUAGUCAAUAAUGACUAGGCGGGUCACUGUAUACACACACACACACACAUAGCUGCUGUUCUCCUAUUUGUCACGUGCAUUCUUUGAUACUUCCUACAGUAUUUGCUUAACAUAAAAAGUGGGGUUGGGUGGGCCUGGUUUGACUGUACCGAGUUGUGAUUGGACAGCCGACUCGAGGGCGCCCCCUGCAGUACAUCCCAAAGACUACUCCCGUCACGCACAUCGCAUCAUUAUGUUUGUGUACUCAAGAAGCAUGCAGUCAUUGUCAAACAUGAAGGAUCAUUUACCAAAAAAAAAAAAAAAAAAAAAAAAACAACUUUGUACAUUUGCGAAGUUGUUUAAUAUGAGU